CUCCCGCGCCACCAGAUGGCAGAGCAGCAAUCGAUCGCUGCCUCCCAGACACAACCCAGCCAGUGCAUAGGACGGGUGCGUGACCCAAGCCCAGGAACAAGUGCUCCAUUUUAUAGUCGUUUUCGCAUUUAUUUUGACUUACUAACAGGUGUGGCAUCCGUCAGGAGGGCAGCAGCAGCAGCAGCAGGUGGAUCUGAAGCAGGUGUCGGGUUAGCGCUGGAGACCUAAUGGUCCGCCAGCGUACCCUAUGUUGAGCCUGCGCCUCGUGUCCACUAGGUCACUGAAACAACCUUAGGCAGGACCAUCAUGUGCCGUGACAGAGAUAUGAACCCUUGACCUUCUUUUCUACCUGCCCGCUGCCCAGUUACCAUCACCACCGUCGCUGUCGCCAUUACAAUCGUAGACGACACCGUCACUACCUACUGUCGCCGCUGCCGCCGCCACGACCACUGAUUCAAUCCAGGCACUGAAACCGCCGUCUUAUCCCCGACCACCAUCACGGACGCUAUCGCCGCCAUCACGUGGUUGCCUCUGCCUGCACUGUCUGCUCGCCAUCACCCGUGGCCGUCACCAUCACAGCCAGCAACAACAGCUUAUAUCAGGCUGAGCCAGCUGUUUCUCAGUGUAACUCAGCUUGAAUAAGUAGUCUCUGUCAGCCCACCCCAGCAGGGCUCGGAGAUCUCAGAGCCUCAGGGCAGUGGCACGGCCCUUCCCUUCCCUCACCUCACCACUUCCUCCGUCACCACCACCACUACCACCACCCUUCUUCCUCAGCUACCCUUUACACAUACCCUUCCUAAAGGCCGGGCUACCCGUAGCCUUCCUCCGAGCGAACACCCUUCCCCUCACGACAGAAGACAAUCUGUCGGCUCCCAUUCCCCGUCCCUGGACCACCCUUCCCUCAACCUUCCCCGCCCUGGCCUCCACCGCCUUACCUCCGCACUACAGUGAAACACAACCGCCACAUCUCAUUUUCUGUCUUUCCAUGGUUGCGGGCAAGAUCUUUGUAUAAAAAUGUAUAUAUGUAUUAUAUGAACAAAUGCAGGUGAAGUGCAUGUGAUAUGAUAUGAAGAAUAUAUUUAACAGAUAGACUCUAUUAGAUAAACUACAGAGAAGAGGCUUAUAUAAUUUUUCGCGGAAGAAGUAAACAAAUUAUUUGCUGGGAAAGAUAACUUGGGAUAAAAUACAUACAGCAAGAAAAGACGUAUAUAAGAAAUAAGAUCCUUCUGCUGCUACGAGGUGAGCCAUCGAGACACCCGCCUGAGCAAGAGUGGCGCUAACAGCAAGCUAAGAAAGAAAGAGAAAAAAAAAAAAAAAAAAAAAAAGACAAGGACACGGCUGAUCCAUAACCGAGAGCUCUGAGUACUAACAAACAACACCACCACCACGACGGAACCGCUUCAGGUGACACUUGGAAGAACAGCAGCAGCAGCAACUCAACAAGAAGCAAAACAAGAAAGGAAAAGUUAGGAGGGAGCGAGAUCAACACCCACGUGACAGCCGCCCACCCCCACCACCACCACGAAGCAUCCACACCACACCACCACCACCACCGCCGCCGCCACCUCUGCUCCUCUCUCAGUUCCUCACUACCUCUGAGGAGUUCAACCACCCUAGCGACACUCGAUUGCCACAUCCCACGCGUCCAGACCAAACAAGCGGGGCCGUCUGCCUGCUGAACGGAACGUGACUGGUGCCUCAUUCUUCUCUAACUCCCGCACCGUACUGUACUUAGGCUUAGGCGUGCCACAGAGGGCCGCUCCUCGUUGGUGAAGAUCAGGGGAGGCGUCCCGUUGUAAUCACGGAGCCUCCUACUCGCCACCUAUCCGCCCGCGGCGCGCCCCUUGGCCCCCAGGGCACACCUCAGGCCCCCUUCGGACCUCUGGUUGCCCGCACGCCCGCGAGGCACUAGGGACCCCGAGCCAUGCGCCGCCCUUCAUUCUGCUGCGACCAGCAUGGCGGGGAUCACACCAAGUGCCAGCCGCAGGACGGCGGGGAGAGCACCCUGGCCCGGGUCCGCAGGUUUCUGGCGCUGUCCAUGGGGGGACGCUCCGCCCCCCGAUGCAAGCACCAGAACGCCCUGCCGCCGGACCCUAUCCACUCUCCGGCCCUCGCCGUCCACUCCCUCCUCGCCGACAUGAAGAGUGCCGGCGUCGGAGUGCAGGGCGUGCUCGGUCGCCCCCUGGAGGAGGUGAUGGCUGAGCACGGUGAAGACUCGAGCGGCCAUGGCGUCCCGACCCUAGUGCACCUGCUGUGCUGCUUUCUGCUGACCCAUGGGGUUGACUACGACUCCCUGGUGAGUGAGGACUGGUGCGCCGAGGAGGUGAGGACUCGCCUGCUGCUGGAGCGAGGAGCCGCAGGUGUAGAGCCCGACACUCAGCAGGUGCCCCCAGGUUCGGACUCAGCAGUAGCCACGGGACUGCUGCGCCUUUUCUUGGACGAGCUGCCUCACCCACUUCUGCCCAGCGACGUGGCUCCCCUUCUCCUGCAGUUGGCCGAUGACUCUGGUGUGGGUGAGAACAAUGGCGAGAGCAGUGGAGGGGGCGUAGGCAUCGGAGGCGGGGGAGGAGCACCUGGGUUGAGUGUGGCCGUGGUGCCUCGCCUUCGCCGCCUACUGCACCGCCGCCUGCCGCUCCACCACCUGUGUCUCCUACGCUAUCUGGCGGCCUUCAUCCACCAGCUGAGGACCGGGAACCACAACACGUGCCCCGUACCGGUGGACUCCCUCAGCAGGGUACUGGCAAGGAUUCUCACGGAGCGGGAGAGUCCUGCCCCACAGAAAGCCUCCGCCAACAGACUGGGCGAGCUGCUCAUUCUGUGCUACACAGACAUCUUCCAGGCGGUGGGCGAGGUGGUCCAGGAGCCAGAUGAUUUUAGCGACAGCGUCAGCAGCCCGGACAGCGCUGGCGACUCGCGGGAGGAAGGGCUGGACGACGCUGAUGAUGAUGACGCGGACACAACCACCACGGACACGGACGACUUCAGGUCCCCACCGGUGUCUCCGCUGAAGGGCGAGCGUCCUUGGGGGUCUUCGGGGAUAAGGGCCCCCUCGUCACUGGUCCUCCACCCGCCUGCUCUCUCCUCAAGGCUCAGCGACGUGGUGGGCAGUGGCGGCGGGAAGAGUGUUAGUGGCACCGCGGCCUGGAGCUCCACCUCUACUAUUCCGGGGGGCGGCGUGGACCAUGACUGCACGUCCCUGCCCCUCGAUCCUGCCUCACCCGUCACCCCUGACCCUGCUGCGCCCCUCACCUGUACCCUUGACCCGGGGGACGGUGGCACCAUCCCAGGCCCGCAGGACGAGUGGCUGAGGGAGAUUUCUCAGGACUCCGCCGUUGCCCUUCACCUCCACGGCCUCCACCGGAAGCGCAAGGAACACGCUGACGGCAAGGAGGGCGGCGAACACGACCCUAAAGUGAUCAGGUCCACCAAGGAGAUUGUAGCAAACUUGGACAGCUUCAGACCAGAGGCGCCAACUUACACAAAGGAGUUUCUCACUAGCCCAGUUGACUCGCUCAUAUCUCCUGUGGAUGACGAAGACGAUGACGACCUUCCUUCCAACCAGGAUGAUGACACAAACACACAGAGCCCAGAGAGCAGCUGUGUGUCAGCACAAGAUAAUUGGGAGACUGGAGGCGAGAGUGACGGGAGGGCCAUCUAUGCUCCCGAGGUGGACACUCACGAAGAGAGGAGAUUCAGCGAAAGAUUCUUCCCCAGGAAUUUCCCGCCCCCCUCCCGCCGCAACAGGAGGAGGACCAAGAAGAGGCACCACGUCCACAGCCCACAGUUGAUAUUAGUGAGGAUGUUACUGGAGCAGGAACCAAGGUGGACAAACGUGUGCAGCACGCCAUGGGAGGACAGUGGGAGCCAGUCACAGUCAGCAGAAGAGGAAAAGUCUUCUUCAUGCUUCAGCUCGCUUACCUCAGAUGACGAGCCUACCCGCUACGACCCCAUCCCUACUGACGUCAUGCCGUGCACCAUGGGUCUGAGAGCAGCUAUUCAUAGCCCAUCCUCUGGCUUGAGUGAGCUGGUGGAUGCAAGUGAACCAGUAACCAGUGACCGAGGCUCGUGGGGGAUGCGAGAUGCCAGUGUGUGUGACUCUUGGCACAGGACUGCCCCGAGAUACAGCCGCUUUGAUGAUGACUCGAGUGUGCAGAACAACUGGUACCGUGAUGAAGAUGAUGUGAUGGUGUCUCCAAGGUCAUCUCAGGCAUUUGUUGAUACCAGACCUCCCCCAGGACAGGAUGACCACAGUCCUCCACCUGGACAGGGUGCUGUCAAGAUACUCAUGAAGAACAUUAACACCAUCAAGAAGAAGAUCAAGCGCUAUGAGGAGGAAUUUGAAGCUGCUGCAGGAUACCGUCCUUCACACAGUGAGAAGAUGAAGCACAAAGAAAUCAAGAAGUACAUGAGUGAAUUGAGCAAGGCCAGGAAAGAACUGAAGCAAAUGAAGGAUGACGUAGCAGGUCUCGUGUCCGUACCAAAUGUGUAUCCACUUUCUUUAUUGCGGUGCCAAGAAUCUACCAAUCCUGGAGCCAAGUCUACAUCCACUGGCUCCGGCACUGCUGAUACGUUGAGACAAGUGGAGGACCGGCUAAGAGACAAGAGAUCAGCUGUGGGACGCCCAAUGGAACUCAAGAGCAUGAACUCUACAGAAAUGCAGGAUGAGAAGACAGCCCUGCAGAAAGCUCUCCUUUACUACGAGUCACUGCAUGGCCGGCCAACCACCCGAGAGGACCGAGAUCUUGCUCGCCCUCUGUACGACCGCUACCGCCAAGUGAAGAGAAUUGUUAUGAGAGCUAGAACAAAGGAGAACAUGGUUGAACUUCCACCCAUCAUUGAACAUGUGGCUAUGGAUUUCACCCUUGCCUCACCACAACACCGCAGCUCAUUACAAGGAGACGAAGGCGAGAAGCUCAUCCUGGCACCCAGCAACACUCCUGUCACUGACAAUGCCCCCAACACAAACUUCACUCAAAUAGACACUCCAAGCAAUGAUCCAAAGGAAGGACAAAGAUCACUAGCCCUGGGAGACCUCCACGCCCUGCCCAUAAGUGAACUAAGAGAGAGGAAGAAGGAAGCUCGUGAGGAAAAGAAGAAGCUUAGAAGAACGCUUAGAGAUUAUGAGGAAAAGUUUGAAAGAGAAAUGGGUCGCAAGGUGCAGAAGGAAGACAGAGGACCCAUGGAACAGACCUACCUGGACUACAAACAUGCCAAGGCAAAGCUAAGGCUCCUUGAGGCUCUUUUGUCAAAGCAUGAGCCACAUAAGAUCUGAUUGAAUUUGGUAAACCUUUGGCCAAUGUAACUCAUCGAAGGUCCAUGGAAAGCUGACCUUUCACACCAUUUUGAAGGGUGCUGUACUGAUGAUACCUCUCUUCCUAUCUUGUAGGUGGCUGAGAAUAUCAUAAAAGCAUUCUGACUUUCCUCAGUCAGAUGAAGUCCUGCAUUCAGAGUUAUUCUAUACAGAUUGUUUAUUUUGAAGUGCAGCUGAUGGAAUGAUUGUUGAGUGUUAGAGGGAGGCAUCCCAGUCCAUGUCUUGUGCAUUGUUAUUCUGACAUGCGCGGGUAAUGCAUGAACUGUGAUAAGUUGUCAAAGUUGCCAAUAUGGUUGUUAGCUACAGAAUCCAUUAUUUUAAUAUGUUACUAACUGUAGUAUAAAUUAUUAUAUCAGAAAAUACCUAAAUCUUUACUUAUGUUUUUUCUUGAAUGAUUUAUAUUCAGAACAACCUGGAUUCAGAAUUAUUCAUAAUGAGAAGAAAUUCCUGCAUCCUAUGUUUACAGUUUUAUUUCAGUGUAUGAAGCUUCCAAGUAUUUCAUACUUACAAAAUAUACCUUAACCAUAUAAAUGCUGAACUGUGCUAAAUGUAAGGUACCUGAAUUUAGCAUUAAGGGUCAGUAGAAGAAUGGGCCAGGGCUUGAAAAUUCUGACUAUAAGAGAAAAGUGCAAGUUUCUCAAUCUAUGAACUCCUCAUUAAUGCUAACGCUAUUACCUAAUGUUAGCAGUCAUUGGAUUGGAUGUACAAUGAAGUACUUACAUGCCUUUACUCCAGAAAACUACUGAAGAAUCAGGAUAGUAAAGAACUAGCUUCUUGUCCUGUUUAUGCACAUAACAAUGUGUUCAUUUUAACAUUGUGAGCUUUGAAUUUCUUCAUACAUCAUGAGAACUUACAUAGCUAUUAUUAUGUAUAUCCUUACAGUUAUGCAAGGCUGUUUGACCAAUUUUUGUGUAUAUCUUUCCCUAAGAUUCCUGUGGUAUGCAUUUAAAGUUCAUGAGUGUGCAUGUUACAGGCAAGUAUAUCUGUUGCCUAGCACUGUAGGAGACGUGUAGACCAUUUUGUAUGUCAUCAUUCCUGUGACUUGAACUUUGUGCUGUCUCAUUAAGCAAAUGAGGCAGGUUGUGUGCUGCAUACUCUGUGUACCUUUGAUGUACUGCACACAACUGGCUGUAUUGCUGUCUGUUGACAUAAUGCCUGUCAACUGUGUCAUCAACACUGCAUAUCCCUUUCAAGUACAUUUGAGAAACUAUAUACUGUCUUGUGAAUGCAGUUGCAUUUUACAUUAAGUUUACAUUAAUGCAUUAGCUAGCAGCUGUUAUGAUAAAUUAUCUCUGGUUACAAUCCCUAAGCUUUCUGUGCUCUGAAAUUGUAUGCUUUGCAAGGUAAUUUGAGUUGAGGAAUUCCAUGCAAAUGCAUUCACACUCAUAAUUUAAAGAGUGGUGUUUUGUAACAGAAUAUAGGAUUCUAGCAUUUGCAUCACAAGUAGUGAAGUGUGCAAACUACCACUGGUGACAUUAUCUAAGUGUUCUUGCCUCUGUAGUUCAUUUACAGCUUCAGACUGCCUGUUGUUACUUUCAUAUAAAUAGAUUAAUUGUAUUAAUAUCACAUAUAUAUGGUUAUGUAUAAUAAUGACCUUAGAUUGUAAUAUGGUCUUGUACCUGUUAGACUAUAUAUGGCAGACAGUUGCUAAAUUGAUAUUACAUCAUACACAGCAGAGGGUUUAUCAAUUGUAGUUUUUUCCUCAAAACAAUGAAGAAAAUAGAAUAAAAAAUAGUUUUAUCCCAUA